AUGAAUAAUACUAGGGCGUCCGCUGCAUGUGUAUCUGACGCCCCGGUCUUCUGGUCGGCGGAACCGGUGAGAAAUCAGCAAGCCACCACAGUCCUUGCAAGAAGAGAUGUGAUGAAGAUUGCUGGCUGGAAUGCCCGCACUCUUCGCGAGGAAGGAACGCAGUCUCUCACCGUCAGGACUCUGUACAAGUAUGGUGUUUGUGUCGCCUGUCUGUCAGAGAAACCAGUCUUCCACAGGCUGGCCAUGGUCCGUCUCAAAAGCGCUGUUAUAAACGUCACCGUCAUCUCCGUCUACGCACCGACACUGAAUGCAGCGGAGGAGGACAAGGACAUCUUUUACCGCGACCUACAAGCGGUUGUACAUCGUAGCCCUUCCACUCAUCUUCAAGUGGUGGCAGGGAAUUGGAACGCUCGCACAGGACCGGCGGAUGAAGACACCAGACAUGUUCUAGGUCGAUUCGCCCUCGGAACACGGUGUGACAAUGGCGACCCCCUAGUCAAGUUUGCUGUCGCUAAUCGUAUUGUGAUGACUAACACUCGUUUCCAGCACCUGCGACGACACCUCGUCACAUGGCGCUCCAAUGACGGUCGUACAUCCAACCAGAUUGACUACAUUCUGGUACGGGCGAGAUGGGUAAGCUCUGUACUUGACUCUCGAGCCUAUUGGGUUGCAGAUACGGGCAGUGCGCAUGGAUCAGAUCAUACACUUGUCCGCGCAAGCCUCCGUCUGCGACUGCGGGCAAGGAUAUCCACCAAGAUCCUGAAGCGAAUGAACGUCGCCAAUCUGAAGCUGCGCGCGGGAGAACACGGCACACGCCCAUCUUGGUUUCACCCGUCACCGAUAUCGGGAUUGGAUCACCAGGGAGAGCCUUCGGCUGGUGGAGGAGGCGAAGGUAGCGCGACUGACAGGAGCUGCGAACUUUCGCGAUCUACGGCGCCGCGCAACUCAUCCGCGCUGACCGAAAAUGCAGCAGCCUGUGGCGACUCUCGCAAACUCUACCAGAUGGUGAGGCGGACGAGUUGCGGAACUACGGGAGUGAGUGAGACUCUUCGCUCCCGUGAUGGUGCUAUUAUUGCAGGUCUGGGCGAGUGGCUAAAUCGUUGGAAUCAACAUUUUAACGAGCUACUCAAUCAUGCGAUUCCGGCGGCGGAAGUGGCUGUUGAACCGACCGAUGAAUACGACUGCAACACUGCACCUCCAACGGUUCCUGGUGAGGAUGGUAUACCUGCCGAAGUAUAUAAAGCCGUGCCAGAUGUAUUCGCCUCGUGGGUGCAUCGUGUCUUUAAUGCGGUCUGGCUCUCUGAGGCCUACCCUGCCGAUUGGAGCGAGGCCAUCCUUCUACCUUUUUUAUCGGAAAGGGUGAUAGGAGACUCUGCUCGAACUACAGAGGAAUCAGCCUCAUCGACGUGGUGGCCAAAGUAUUUGCAGUGCUUCUCCUGCGAAGAUUUCAAGGAAUCCGUGAUCUGCGAACUCGCCCGUCUCAGGGUGGUUUCCGCCUGGACAGAGUCUGUGUUGAUCAGAUCUUCAGCCUGCGGCGCAUCCUCGAACAACGCUGCUUCGUCGACUUUAGGGCUGCUUUCGACUCCGUUGAUAGAGGCUCACUCUGGCGUAUCAUGGAGGUCGAUGGCAUGCCCGCCAAACUCCUUCGUCUCAUCAAGGGCUACAACCUGUCGACGCGAGCCCGUGUUCGUGCUUAUGUUGAGGAGUCGGAGACAUUAG